AGGAUACGCUGCGAGUAUCCGGUGACAUCUGGUUGCCAUAUUGCUCGCGGUGCGACGUAACAAAAUGGAAUAGAAAGAUUAUACCACAGACGAAAUUAUACUUUAUACUUUAUUAUACUUUAUACUUUAUUAUACUUUAUACUUUAUUAUUACAUUACAUCAAUUGACAUCUUUGGAAUUACAACGAUUCGAUACACAUUUUAACGUUUUAAACGUUUUAACGUUUAACAUUCUAACAUUCAGUUAGAACUUUGUAUUGAUUAGAGAUAUUGUAACGACCAGAAAUAUCGAUACAUAUAUCAAUACUUUUACCUCGAAAUUCGUAGAUUCGUACUCUUCAUUGUCCAUACAAAUUGUGUCAUAUAUGUCCAAACCAAAUUUAAUUUCCAAUUUAAAACCAAAAUUCUUUUUCGAAAAUGGCACUUCCAAUUCUUCUUAUUCUCACUAUUUAAUUGCUAGCCGUAUCAAGUAACAACGAAAAAAAUAAUAAUAUCUAAACGUUAAGCAGGUCCAUAUUUUUGGGGAUACAAUUAAAAAAGUAAAUCGUCGGUGGAAUAUUGUUUCACCUAUCAAGAAUUUUGGAAGAUAUAAUUAGAAAGGUACAACCUGGGUAGAAAAUUGUACUCCUUAUCGAGCAUUUUUGAAAAUAUAAUUGAGAAAGUGGAAUCUGGAUAGAAAAUUGUUUUACCUACGAAGCAUUAUAAAAAUUGACAGAGCAAGGAAAAUGAGCGACGAACCUACCUACAAACUAAUCUACUUCAAUGCCCGUGGUCGUGCCGAACAUAUACGGUACAUAUUUGCAUAUACUGGCAUCGAGUAUACCGACGAGAGGAUCCCCGAAGAACUCUGGCCUGAAUACAAGGAUUGUAAGCGUGAAGAAUCGAUUUUUACUUUCAUCGUUCAACUCUCAGCAAUGCCUUAUAAAAAGCUGCCUGUGCUGGAGAUAGACGGGAAACCGGUAGCGCAGAGUAACGCUGUGGCGCGAUACUUGGCGAGGAAGUACGAUCUAAUGGGAAAGGACGAAUGGGAUGCGAUGAUAUGCGACGUGCUCGUCGAUACUCUUGAAGAUUUGGAGCAAGACGACAUGGGCGGACUUCGUGUUUGCAGCGGCCCUUGAAAAUUUCGAGUAUAUGUUUGGGGCAUCAGCUUUGGAUAAAUAUCCAGCUCUUCGAGCAUUGAAGAAAAGG